AUGCAUACUCGGAACAUUAAAAAUAGGAGCAAGUGCAUAACUGUACGGAGGCUUAAUAAUCCAUGUCAUUUUAAUGCCCAAAGUGAUAAUAGGGGGUUUUGCAUUGCUGACUUAAGAGUUAUAUCAGAGAAUGCAGAACCAUGUGGGAUAGCAUCAUUAGAAGAGUGCCAUCAACUCGUGUCGCCUUCCUUUAUUCCUUAUCUUGAAACAGCUUUACCAUUAAAAAAUUUCAAUCCCUCAGCUGCAUCUUUUGGGGGUGCUUGGUUUUGGGAAGGGUAUCGGCAUGCACUCUAUGGGGAAGACAUUAUCUACGAUCUAAGUGGUACCGGCAACAGCCUCAUGGAGGAUAGUAUUGAUUCACAAAAAGAAUUACGAAAAGAAGUGAUGCUACAAAAAGGAUUAACCGACACCUCAUCAAACCAACAACCAAUGACUACAGAUCGAAUCGGUUUACAUAGCUCAGCGAAGCUCGAGAUAAUGUACGCGAUCGCGCUUUCGAUUGCAUUACAUGUAUCUCAGCAACCUUUACUAGAUCAAGGUGAGGGCCCGCACGCACUUAUUUUGUGUGCUGCUAAGUAUCAAUGUGAUGAGAUGACUUUCAUCCUUAAUCAGUUUUGCGCCGAGCUUCAUCUUGUGGUACACAAUCUGUUUGAGCCUUUCCCCUCAAUGCCCUCAUCCCAGCGGGCCGAUAUUGUGGUGGGUACCGCCCCUCUGUGGGAUAGCGUGGCAGAACUAGGAAAAGCAUGGGAUCGCAAAGGCUUAGAAGGGAUCAUAAGUAACAUAUAUGGUGGAAGUCCACCGCCUACAUACACUUUGAGUAAAUGGAGACCUUACACGAUCCGAAACGUGUCACAACUUGCACUCUUUGACUUGGGGUUGCAAAUUAAUGCUGGUUUCGGGCGCAUGUUAGUUCAAAUUCUCAGUCCAUGUAAUUCAAAUGCGGCACCUGUUUCUGAACUUCCACUUCAUUGCCAAACAUACUCAGUCCUCGGAGGUGAUCGUGCAGUUUACGAUGUCGAUCUCAAUUUUAUGUUGUUUGAGAUCCUUCGAAGCAGAGGAAAGCGGAAUAAAGAAAAAAUAUCAGAGAUAUCACUUCAGAGCUCAAUCUACUUUACGUCUCAGAUAAAAAAACGCCCUAGGUUGGAAAAAAACACUGUACAGUCAUCGUUUUCAUCUCGAAAGAUUCUAACAAGCGGUUUGUUAAUCAAAAACGCAGUGUCGUUUUCUCGACUCCUUGUCGACAGAAAUGCAUUUCAAGAUUUUGUUGACGGUAUUUUAGACAAGGCGACGCUUUUUUGGGAUAGUUUUGAUGUUUUACAAACAGUUGAAACCGAAAAGGACAGUGUAACAGUAAUGAAUAAAAGGUCAGAUUUGCAUUCUUAUGUCAAAUGCGUGUUAGUAUUUGUUUGCACAACAGACCUAGAGACUGGACUCCGUGUUAAAGAAAUGUGUACUUUGCUUAUUCCAGAAAACAAAGGCAAGUAUAAGAACGACAUGGCCACCGUGAAGCUCUCACGAUUUAGUCUUCUUUUUAGACAUCUGGAAGAGCAGUUAAAUGGCGAAUUGUUUGACGGCAGUGUUGUUUCAUGUGUGAAUCUUGAAGAUAGCUUAUUUCGUAACUACCACUAUGAGUUUGUAGCAAAUGAGGAUUAUACACUAGAUAGAGUGGAUCUCUAUCAAGGCUAUUUUAGUGUACUGAGUAUGGCACAACUCUUAUUGGCGACUUAUGUUGUUGAUAAGGAUGACGAAUACCUUAAGGAAACAUCCAGUGUAGAUUUCUUUCGAAAUAAUUCAUGGCUACUAUCGCGUUCGAACACUGAGGCUACAUUCGAUAUGUCGAAAUCCUUGGGCAAUGUGCUUGUGUGUAUUCCGAAUUAUGCGUGUAUAACUCCGGUACAUGUAAGGCACACUUUUACCGUUGUGGCGUUGCGAAAUUUGGCCGAAUCCAUAAAAGCCCUUUGCUACAGCCAAGCUUCAAUAAACAAUGAGGGGGAUGGCCAUGUGUGUAAAAAACCUUUUGCACUCUUUUUGUUAGAGGAAUGCUGUCAAUAUGGGCGCGUUAUCUCAUAUUACUGUUUCGAGCAGAAUGAAGUUGAUCAUGAGAAUGAUACUUGCAGCAUGGCCCCAACUAGUAAGCAAUAUGAGCAAAUUGCUGAAGACAACCUCAAAAAUAGUUUUAUUGAGACUGGUGUGAGAGAACCAAAAGCUUCCAUAGUGAAGCAGACAACACCAUCUGCAACAACAGCUACACUAUUUAUCGAAUUCGAAUCGCAUGAAUCUGCUCUAGAGGCUGUUCGGUUACUUCGUGUUCGUUUUCAUUCUUGCACUACGGAAAAAAACAGCGAAAAUUUUAUGAGUCCUCGAGUUCAUUUAUUUCGCAAUACCACCUAUUACGCCGGUGUCGAGCAAGACCUCACACACAAGAAUCAAUUACUGGCUGGAUUACAUGAGGAAUCAUCUGGGAACGAUAUGCUCGAUUUUUCUCUACUUGCUGAAUAG